CGAGGCCCAGUCGCCAUGAGCGGCCUGCGGGGCUCCCUGGGGGCGGCCCGGCCGGGCUGGGUGUGGGGGGCGGCGGCGCUGCUGGCGCUGGGCGCCCUGCUCGGAGCCUGGCGCUGGGCCGGGCGGCGCCGCCGCCGCCGCCUGCAGCGGGUCGGGACGGUGCUGAGGCUCUUCGUGUACCCGGUGAAGUCGUGCAAGGGGGUGUCGGUGCGGCGGGCGCAGGUGACGCCCAUGGGGCUGCGCAGCGGGGACAUGCGGGACAGGUUCUGGCUGGUGAUCACGGAGGAUGGGCACAUGGUCACGGCUCGCCAGGAGCCGCGGCUCGUCCUCGUUUCUGUCGGCUGUGACGACGGGCACUUGACCUUCGAGGCCCCAGACAUGGAGAAGCUGUGCUUGCCUGUGAAUGUCCCCAGGAAAAACCCCGUCCACAACUGCAGGGUGUUUGGACAGGAUAUCCAAGGCAGGGACUGUGGUGAUGAAGUGGCUCAGUGGAUCACCACUUUCCUGAAAUCACAGCCCUAUCGACUGGUGCACUUUGAGCCCUCCAUGGUGCCAAGAAAGUCAAAGAAUACAAUAAACCUUUUCCGAAACACUGAUGAGGUUGCCUAUCCUGACUGCAGCCCAGUCUUGCUCCUCUCUGAAGCUUCAAUGGAUGAUUUAAAUACAAGGCUGGAAAAGAAAGCUAAGAUACAGAACUUCAGGCCAAAUAUUCUUGUGGCAGAUUGCAGCGCUUUUGAGGAGGACACCUGGGAGGAUAUUCUUAUUGGUGAUGUGGAGAUGAAAGGGACCGUGUGUUGUGGCAGGUGUAUUUUAACAACUGUUAACCCAGACACUGGAGUCAUGGACAGGAAGGAGCCUUUGGAGACAUUGAAAAGUUACCGCCUUUGUGAUCCAUCCGAGCGACACAUCUACAAAACCAGCCCUCUCUUUGGGAAAUACUUUGCUGUUGACAAAACUGGAACGAUUCAAGUUGGAGACCCUGUGUACAAGAUGAUCUGGGAAUGAAAGAGACUUUGAUCAGAAGAUGCUUUUUCACCUUUGUACACAAAUUGUUUUCCCAUGAACACAGUCAUCAACAUAACCUUUUCUUAUUCCUUGCAA